UACCCAUAACACCAUUCGCGCACGGGUCUCUCAUCACUUCGCCUCGAGACGCGUCUGGUGCAUCCGGAUGCGGGCAAACAUGGAGGAGGCGGAGAUGUGGACCGGACGGAGAGAUGCGGAUUAUGGUGGUUAGGCAGUGAAAAGGAAGAGAAGGACAAAACUGGCGUAUUUUCGGGUGUUUAAAAUGCGUUUUAGCAAAAUGUGGACUGAAUUGUUUUGGGAAAUUCGUCUGCAAGAAGAAACCAGGCGUGAAAAGCGAUGCUGUAACCUGUUAUAGGACAUGCAGUAAAUCAGGACAAACACGGGCACAGAAACAGUACAGCCAAAUGGACCGAAUCUGACGUUUUAAUUCAUUAUCAUAAAAAAGUCGUGUCAUUUUUCUGUAUUUUAAGAGAAAACAAAAUCAGAGGCUGCUCUUUAAAUCAGCAAAUGAACGCGCUACAGUUGGACCCGUGAUUAAGAGUAAAGAUGAAAAGCUCCUUUCAGACCGGUCUCUUAUUGUGCUGCAGCAUUUCUGCUGUAUUUGGAGCUGCAGAUCCUGGAGUGAUGUUGCGCGUUCCCGUGCGUAAAGGCCCCGCGCGCGCUCCCGCGCCACACGGUGCGCACGUUCGGAGACCGAGAUCGAGCGGAGAGGUUAAUUUCGUGGACAUGGAGGAUAACCUCCGUGGAAAGUCAGGACAGGGCUACUAUGUAGAGAUGGCUGUUGGAACACCGCCUCAGAAGUUGAACAUCCUGGUUGAUACAGGGAGCAGUAAUUUUGCAGUUGGAGCUGCAGCUCACCCAUUCUUGCGUCGAUUCUACCACCGCUCUCUAUCUGUGUCAUACAAAGACCUGGGUCGAGGUGUGUAUGUGCCGUAUACACAAGGGCGCUGGGAAGGUGAGCUGGGAACAGAUGUGGUGUCGGUCCCCCAAGGCCCCAAUGUCACACUGAGGGCCAACAUCGCUGCCAUCACCCAAUCAGAUCGAUUCUUCAUCAACGGUUCUAACUGGGAGGGAAUUCUAGGUUUGGCCUAUGCUGAGAUCGCCAGGCCUGAUGAGAAUCUCGAGCCUUUCUUUGACUCUCUGGUGAGACAGACGAGCGUUCCUAACCUCUUCUCCCUGCAGCUCUGUGGAGCAGGUUUCACUCAGAACUACAGCCUGGGCAGUGCCACAGUGGGAGGCAGUAUGAUCAUCGGAGGGAUCGACUCUUCGCUCUAUGUGGGAGACUUGUGGUACACUCCGAUUCGCCGUGAAUGGUAUUACGAGGUCAUCAUAGUUCGGAUUGAAGUUAACGGACAAGAUCUCAACAUGGACUGCAAAGAGUACAACUACGAUAAGAGCAUCGUCGACAGCGGCACCACAAACCUUCGCCUCCCACGCAAAGUGUUCCAGGCGGCUGUGAAGGCCAUCGAAGCAGCUUCUUCAACUGAGCAGUUUCCUUCAGGUUUCUGGCUGGGUGAACAGUUAGUCUGUUGGCAGGCUGGCACCACGCCCUGGCAUAUCUUCCCCGUCAUUUCCCUCUACUUGAUGAGCGAAAACCGCAACCAGUCCUUUCGCAUCUCCAUUCUGCCACAGCAGUAUCUCAGGCCUGUAGAGGAUGUUGCAUCAGCGCAGGAGGACUGCUACAAGUUUGCUGUGUCACAGUCGAGCACAGGAACCGUCAUGGGUGCUGUCAUCAUGGAAGGCUUCUACGUCGUAUUCGACCGGGAGCGUAAACGCCUCGGCUUUGCUGUCAGCACUUGUCACGUUCAUGAUGAGUUCCGUACAGCGUCAGUUGAAGGCCCCUUCCACGGAGUAGAGCUGGAGGACUGUGGCUACAACGUGCCUCAGACAGACGAAUCUACCCUUAUGACCAUCGCCUAUGUCAUGGCGGGAAUCUGCGCCCUCUUCAUGCUGCCCCUCUGCCUCAUGGUGUGCCAGUGGCGCUUCGCCCGCUGUCUUCACCCACCCAGCUCCGGCGACUUUGCAGAUGACUUAAACCUUCUGAAAUAAGCCAUAAUUUUAGCAUCUCAACUCACAACGAGGCCACUGCUGGGACCGCACUGAGAGUCGAUAAGAGAGGGGAUCAGGAAUAAUGUCAUGGUGUACUGUAUAUAGGCAAAAAGUAUCUUUAUGGCAUGUGAUUGGACAGUUGGUGUGAUAAGGGGAGUUUAAACCUCACAUUUGAUGAUCCUGUCUUAUUUAGUCUUUCAACUGUGGACAGCCACGUCAAAGUCUCCUAAGUGUAUAAUUGCUAUGACAAGUGUGUGCGUGCGUGUGUGUGUGUGUGUGUGUGUGUGAGCUCAUACGAUGUUAUAACCUUUACUAAAAACCCGAAACUUGAGAUAAUAAUGUGCGAUUUCUGAUUAUUUGUAAUUUAUAAUGCCAGCCUUUGAGAAGGAACUCACGCAUUUACUAACCACACGGAGGAUCUGCUAUUAUGAACAUAUUAUAAAAGCUUACAAAGAUUAUUCAAAGAACUUUUAUUUUAAAGGUCUGUUUAUGGCUCACGUAUGUAACAAAAAGCUGUUUGUAUUUGCACUUAUUUCAUUGAUCGUGAAGCUGAAUAGUAUUGUGCUGGUUUAAUGUGGGACAUAUGGAGAUAUUCUGUACACACAUCUGAUACUAUAAAUAUAUUUUACACACACACACAAGGUGAUUGACACGUGACUAGCCUUCAGAAAGUCCAUAUUCUGUUAAAGAAGGCAUAUGAAUUCAUGCAAAUUUUGAACUCGCCUAUGCAGUAAAUUAGUAUGUUACGCAUUUCAAGCUAGCUACAGGUCAGUCAAUGCAAAUGACAUAUUUAACUGAGACACUUGUUUUAACGGUUACAGGAAUGUGAUUUUUUUUUUAUUUUUAUUUUUUUACCGUUCCUUAUACUGGACUAUGCUGAAAUACUACAGUAGGAUUCAAAUUGUUUGUCUUGAUUUGUUUUCAUACAAAGCACUAUUCAUCAUGUAAAAGUACACAUUCAGAUCUGACUCUUCGGUCCUUCCUGGUCUGAAAAUCACUAAAAUCAACAGGACAGAGGGUAAAAAUCUCCUGGUAUAAAAGUGGAAAUGGUAAUAUCUAAUAAAGGUGAAUUAUCUUAAUUC